UCCCAGCCCCUCACCCCGCGGCAUCAUGGGGGACGUAGUCCAGAUGCACUUCUCCACGCCGGACUAUGUGAUCUUCGCCCUGCUGCUGGUGGCGUCCACGUGCAUCGGCCUGUUCUACGCCCUGUCCGGCGGGCGCCAGCGCACCACGCAGGAGUUCCUAUUGGCCGACCGUUCUAUGAGCUGCCUGCCCGUGUCGCUCUCGCUGCUCGCCACCUUCCAGUCGGCCGUGGCCAUCCUGGGAGUGCCCUCGGAGAUCUACACCUACGGAACGCAGUUCUGGUUCAUGGGAGUCUCCUACUUCCUGGGUCUGCUUGUCCCCGCCCACGUCUUCAUACCUGUCUUCUACAGGCUCCGCCUCACCAGCGCUUAUGAGUAUUUGGAGCUGCGCUUCAAUAAGACGGUUCGCAUCAUGGGCACCGUGACCUUUAUCUUUCAGAUGGUGAUCUAUAUGGGAGUGGUCCUCUAUGCACCAGCACUCGCACUCAAUGCAGUGACUGGAUUUGACCUCUGGGGGGCAGUGCUGGCCAUGGGUCUGGUGUGCACCCUGUACACAACAUUAGGAGGGCUGAAGGCAGUCAUCUGGACAGACGUGUUCCAGACCAUUGUGAUGUUUGCUGGCCAACUCGCGGUCAUCAUAGUGGGGGCCCACCAGGCAGGAGGCAUGGGAGAGGUGUGGAGGAAAGCCAUCAACGGCAGCCGCAUCGCUAGUCUGGACCUGAACCCUGACCCGACGGAGAGGCACACGUUCUGGACGCUGGGGGUGGGCGGGGUGUUCAUCAAGCUGGCGGUGUACGGGGUCAACCAGGCCCAGGUCCAGAGGUACCUCAGCUCCCGCACUGAGAGGGAGGCGGUCAUGUCGUGCUACGUGGUGUUUCCCUGCCAGCAGGUGUUGACGCGUCUGGGCUGUCUGAUGGGCCUGGUGAUGUUUGCUCGCUACGGUGAGGAUAGCCCACUGGAUAAGGGUUACGUCAAAACCAACGACCAGAUGGUGCUGUACUUUGUGAUGGAUGUGUUCAGGGACCUGCCUGGCCUACCAGGGCUGUUUGUCGCCUGCCUGUUCAGCGGAGCUCUCAGUACCAUCUCAUCAGCGUUUAACUCCCUAGCGACGGUAACCAUGGAGGACCUAAUCAAGCCUUACUGCCCGGACAUGACUGAGGCCAAAGCCACACUGCUCUCAAAAGGCCUGGCGUUUGCCUACGGGCUGGUGUGUCUGGCCAUGGCCUACACCGCGUCUCACAUGGGCUCAGUGCUGCAGGCAGCAUUAAGUAUCUUUGGGAUGGUGGGUGGUCCUCUCCUUGGCGUCUUCUGUCUGGGAAUGUUCUUCCCCUGCGCUAACUCCACUGGUGCGAUAGUAGGGUUGGUGGCAGGCCUGGUUAUGUCGUUCUGGAUUGGCAUUGGUCAUCUCGUGUCCCGUAUGGCGCUGCCCACUACUCUGCCCCCCAUCAUCAACGGCACCGCUAUGCCCCUCCCCGGCAACAUGACCACUGCUGUCAUGACCACCCUCAUUACCUCGAUCACCGCCAAACCAAAGCCUACGGGUGUGCAGGCCCUGUACAAUCUAUCCUAUUUGUGGUACAGUGCCCACAACUCUACCACUGUGGUGAUAGUGGGACUGAUAGUCAGCCUGUUGACUGGUCCUAUGAAGGAGAAGGACCUGCUCCCAGGGACGGUGUACCCUGUCCUGGGCAACCUGCUCUUCUUCCUGCCUGAACGCUACAGGGAGAUACUCUGCUGUGUCACCCCACUGCCGCAGAAGCCCAAAGCUAUCGACACGCAUCCUUACCAGAUGGCUCGGAAGGAGAGCAAUGGAGUGUCCCAUCCCAAAGAGAAGGAGAAGACUGAGGAGACGGAGAGAGAGAAGGAUGAGGACGAGGAGACAGCAACCCCUCAGCCUUCCUGCCGACUGGCUCACACGUUGCAGGAGACGGCCUUGUAG